AUGAUCGGCCUGAUUGUUCUCGCACUGCUGGGUGCUGCAGGUAAAGCCAAUGGGCAUUAUGAGUCUAACAGAGUUUAAAAAAAAACAGUUGUUAUGAUUGAUAUGUGAUUUUUUUUUUAUUCUUUCUACCCCUCAGCUGCAGCCCCUGUAGACGACAAGAUUGUGGGCGGCUAUGAGUGUGCAAGACACGCUCAGCCCUGGCAGGUGUCUCUCAACAUCGGCUACCACUUCUGUGGCGGCUCACUCAUCAAUGAGCAGUGGAUCGUCUCUGCUGCCCACUGCUGGCAGAAGUUUGUACUAUAUUAACAUACUAUAUUAAAAAGUUUGUGUUUGAACUAUUUCAACUAUUAUUUCAUUCACUAUCUUUAUUUCAGCCCCUAUUCACAGAUUGUAGUCCUGGGUGAUCACCACAUCUGGAUGCAUGAGGACACAGAGCAGUACAUGACUGUCGAUGCAAUCUACUGGCAUCAGAGUUACGACUACCAAACCCUGGACUACGAUAUCAUGCUGAUGAAGCUGUCCCACCAAGUCACCAUUAACGAGUAUGUGAAGCCAGUCGCCCUGCCCAAAGCCUGCCCCUCAGCUGGGGACAUGUGCACCGUGUCUGGAUGGGGAAACAUCUACUCAGAUCAAGGUGAGCUGCACCGUGAUUUAGUUCUAAUUCUAAUAAAACGUCUAGUUAGAGGAUCUCAGAUUUUUUAUGAUCUUUUUCUACGUAUUUUCAUGGAGGAGCACAACCAAAACUACAACACUAAUGGCCUUUCAUAGAUCUUAAUGUUGUGAUAAAAGCCUUAAUCAACGCCAUAGUAGCUGCUGCAAAGUUAAAGGUUGUUGCUUUAAGAAGCUUUGUUUGCUAACUGGAGACUCGUGCUGGCAGAUCUUCCUGUCGUUAGCAAAGCAAGUGUAGCAUCAGCUUAAAUUGUGUUCAGACUUUCUCUUCUACUUAUUUCUGUUUGUGUUUUCACUGAUUUUUUUAAAAGCCAGUGAAAAGUCAGGAGGGUGGAAACUCAACAAAGAGUGAACCAUGUCAAUAACAAUGUUGGUUUGCCUGAGGUUAAUGUUAGCAGAGCUAGCGCCCGCAGCCUUUAGUCCUCCUACAGGUUACUAUCUACAUCUAUGUUGCUAUAGUUGAGUAUAAACGUAUGCGUCAAUUUAACCAGAUACAGCCAGCUUUAUCUCCAUGCUGUAUGAGGACACGCAAUCUGUCAUUUAUGUUUGUUAAAAUCUGAUUGGUCGAGCAUCCUGGCAUUGUGACAGCAGCCAUUAACGGGAGCUACAGCCCCAGCUAGUGGCAGCUGUCUGCACUUCAGCUUAGAUACAACAUAUGACCAGCAUUUCAAGCCUGUGAUAUUAAAAGUAUUGAUGAUUUGUUUAGCUUGCUAGUAAUUCAAGUGCUAGUUAACCAUGUUAAAUACUUUAAUCGGCUAAGUCACCAAAGACAGACAUUUUCUGAUCUGCUUUAAGUUUUCAUUUUACAAAUAACCUCAAAAGUCUGACCCAUGAUGCUGAAAUUUACCUGUAGAUAAAAUGUUGGUGUCACUGGGGUGCUGGUUAGUAGCUCACACGGUUCUCUCAAUGUGACCCCCAGCCUUAUCCACCUGACAUUUCAAGUCCACCUGCUGCUUUUCUAUCAUUAAAGACAAAAUAAUCUUUAUUUGCUUUUCUUUCUUUUACCUGCAGUUUUCAACCCAUUCCUCCUUCAGUGUGUGAAGGUCCCCAUCCUGUCCGAUAAGGACUGUGAAGGAUCCUACCCCGGGCAGAUCACAGAUCGCAUGGUGUGUGCUGGAUACCUGGAGGGAGGCAAAGAUGCUUGUCAGGUACUUUCACACAAUUAUGUAACAAAUGAAAUAAAAUUUUGAUUGAACAUUUAAGAGGAUGAGAUAAUGGAAGGAAUAAAGUCUUCCCUUCUUCACCUGCCUCCUUCCUGCUCAGGGUGACUCUGGUGGUCCUUUGGUGUGUAACGGGGAGCUGCAGGGUAUCGUCUCUUGGGGGCAGGGCUGUGCUCUGCCAGACUAUCCGGGCGUUUACACCAAAGUCUGCUCUUUGAUGCCCUGGAUCAACGAUAUUCUUUCCAGAUACAGCUAG